GCUGAGACCCUGACCAUGUCCAAUAUUGCCUCUUCGCAACUCUCUCCCAUUCUCUAAAAAAAACACCAAACUCAAAUUCUCUUCUCUUUCUUUUUUUCUUUUCUUUUCUUUCUGUUUAUUACGAGUUACAUAUUAAUAUAUAUACACUAUAUAUUUUAAUAUCAAGAAUGGGACUUCCACCAGUUGUGAGGACGAAGAAAACGAAGGCGGUUGGGAUUCCGACGGUUGAUCUGUCGAAGGGUGACAGGUCAUCAACAAUGCUUGCGGAAGCCAUAGUCAAAGCAGGUGAGGAAUAUGGUUUCUUCAAGGUGGUCAACCAUGGCGUCUCCAAACAUGUCAUUUCCAGAUUGGAAGAACAAGGCAGUGACUUCUUUGCCAAACCCUCCACCGAGAAAAAAAGAGCCGGCCCAGCUACUCCUUUCGGCUAUGGCUGCAAAAACAUUGGCCCCAAUGGCGACAUGGGCGAGCUCGAGUAUCUUCUCCUCCAUACUAAUCCUCACUCCAUUUCUGACACAUCCAAAUCCAUCUCCAAUGACCCAACUUCAUUCAGCUAUGCGGUGAGUGAUUAUACCGAAGCAAUAAGGGACUUGGCUUGUGAUAUUCUUGAUCUGGUGGGGGAGGGCCUAUGGAUAUCCGACAAGUUCAGCUUUAGCAGGCUAAUCAGAGACGUUGAUAGUGACUCACUGCUUAGGCUAAAUCACUAUCCCCCUGUGAAGGAGCGGGACCCAUCUUCCUUCAACCUAUACCCACCAGGUGCUAAUAACCCUAUUGGUUUUGGAGAGCAUUCUGACCCUCAGAUCUUGACCAUCUUGAGAUCCAAUGACGUGGCAGGCCUCCAGAUCUCCUUGCAUGAUGAUGGCUUCUGGCUCCCUGUUCCUCCUGACCCCAAUAACUUCUAUGUCUUUGUUGGUGAUGCCUUGCAGGCUUUGACGAAUGGGAGACUGAGGAGUGUAAGGCAUAGGGCGCUAGUGAACACAGCAAAACCAAGAAUGUCGAUGGUGUACUUUGGUGCACCACCUAUAAAUGCAUGGAUCGCACCACUGCCUGAGUUGGUCUCGGGAGAGAAGCCCAGUCUAUACAAGCCCUUUACUUGGGCCCAAUACAAGAAAGCAGCCUACUCUCUCCGACUAGGGGAUUCUCGCCUUGACCUAUUCAAGAUUAAUCAUAAUAAUAAUCAUUCAGAUAUGUUACCUUCAUCCCCAGGAGGACUAUUACUCCAAUGAAGAUUAGUCAUUAUAGUAAUUAUAAUCGUAUAGAAGUUGUUUGUAGGGAGGAGCAAUGAGUUACGUCAUUGUAUAUAGGCCACAAGUUGUAAAGGCCCUUUCAUUGCCUCUCGAUCUAGGGAGGAUUUUUUUCUUCUUCUUCUUCACAUUAUUAUAUAUUACAUAUUAUAUAAAUAGGGUUGUUGUGAGUUGGUAAAAAGGUAAAAAGUUAGAGAAUUUCAAGUUAGGAAGAAGUUAUUUGCAAGGUUAUAAUAUAUUCACAUGAAUAGUUAGUUGUACUUGUUUUUAGGUAUGUAUGUAAGGGAAAUGAUUGUGUAUUGGGGUGUAAGUUAUUGGUAGAAAUUUCAGUGGAAAAAUUCUUUUGGGUCAA